AUGAACAUAGAAGAUAUAUUACCUGAAUUAUUUGGAGAAAAACGAGUUUAUUAUUGCCAACGUUGUCUGAAUCACGGUCUUCGAGAAAAGCGCAAAAAUCAUAAACAAAAAUGUCUUUUUCGUGUAUGUCAAUGUAGUGAUUGUAUGAUGGUUGAUAAACGACGUGAAUUGAAUAGCCGUCUCAAUUCAAUUGAUAUGAGUUCAUCAGAAGGUGGUAGCUCCGAAGAUAAUCCAAUGGAAAUGCCAAUUAUGCAAACAGAAGAUCAUACAGACAAUGGUGAUGAUAGCUCUUCUUCCAAAGGAAAAGAACGACGCCCAAACUGUCAACGUUGUGCUCAACACAAUGUCGUAAAUCGUCUAAAGGGUCAUAAGCGAUCUUGCCCAUAUCGAGACUGCUUCUGUCCGAAAUGCCAGGUUGUGGUGGAGAGACAAAAAUUAAUGGCUGAUCAGAUAAAACUUCGUAGACGACAGAAACGAGAGAAGAAUAUGCUGCUCGAAAGUAUUCAGCCUACUCCAGAAGUUGCUCCAGCCGAAUCGAGUGUUUGUAUGAAAUGUGCUCAACAAGCGUUCAGCUAUCAACAACUUAUGUCCAUAUUAGAUCCAACUCAUGCUUCCGAUCCGUUGACAACAUUAGCCACAAUGCUUCAGGCUUGUCCUCAUAAAUCUUAA